AUGUUCUUGGGAUACGACUGUAAGGAAGACAUAGGACCUAUUCCAAAUCCUGGAAACCCCCCUGUGAUUAUGUUUGCAGUGGCUGAUGAAAACGGCACUUGCAUUAUGCUCAAAGGAGGUAUUCAGUUCAACAUUCCAUACAUGUCAGAUAAUGGGAAUGCAACAGAAUUUAUCUCUCUACCAGAUAGAUACACUGUAACUGGGGACUGCAACACAACACUAAACGGAUAUUAUUCCCAGAAAAUAGUUAUUGGAUUUUACAAUACCUGGAAGUUGACCAUAUACUUCUCCUCUGAUGUACAGAAAAGUGAAAGUUUAGCAAGAGAAAAAGUUACAAAGUACCACAUCUCACAGAUUGAGCUGGAUUAUGAUUUUGAUAACAACCUUUUUACAGAUGCUGUAAACAGCAGUGAGUAA